UCGCGCGCCGAGAUCAUCGAGCGAGUCAUCAUGCAGUUGCAGCGUCAUUGUGGGCUGCUGUUUGAAUGAAGUUAGCAGACACUCAAACCUUCCGCACCCCAACUUAAAACCGGUCUUUAGAGUUGAGCUGAAUACAGGACAAGUCAAGAGAAAGAUGCCCGUAUUUACAGUGAAUGUGAAAUGGGGAAAGGAGAAGUUUGAUGCGGUGGAGCUGAAUACAGAGGAGCCUCCCAUGGUGUUCAAAGCCCAGCUCUUCGCUCUAACGGGGGUUCAGCCAGAGAGACAGAAAGUCAUGGUGAAAGGCGGAACGCUGAAGGAUGACGAGUGGGGCAACAUCAAGUUGAAAAAUGGAAUGACUCUUCUGAUGAUGGGCUCCGCUGACGCUCUGCCUGAAGAGCCUGUAGUGCGGCCCAUGUUUGUGGAGGACAUGACGGAGGAGCAGCUUGCAUCUGCGAUGGAGUUGCCAUGCGGAUUGACAAAUCUGGGCAACACAUGCUACAUGAACGCAACGGUGCAGUGUCUACGCUCUGUGCCUGAGCUCAAAGUCGCUCUCAGGAGGUACUCUGGUGCCUUGCGUUCUUCUGGAGCCAAUGCUCCUUCCCAGUACAUCACAGCAGCUAUGCGUGAUUUGUAUGAGUCCAUGGAUAAGACCUCGUCAAGCAUUCCACCCAUCAUCCUGCUGCAGUUCCUGCACUUGGCCUUCCCACAGUUCGCCGAAAAAGGAGACCAGGGCCAGUACCUCCAGCAGGAUGCCAGUGAGUGCUGGGUUCAGAUUAUGCGGGUCCUUCAGCAGAAAUUAGAACCACAAGAACCAGAAACCCCACUGGAGAUUGACAGUGAUAGUGGAGCGGCUGCCUCCACAAAAACGAAGAAUUUCAUCGAUCAGUAUUUUGGUGUUGAAUUUGAAACUACUAUGAAGUGCACUGAGUCAGAGGAUGAGGAUCCAACUAAAGGCACCGAGAGCCAGCUGCAGCUUAGCUGCUUCAUCAAUACAGAAGUCAAAUAUCUCGCCACUGGACUCAGAUUGAGGCUACAGGAGGACAUUACGAAGUUCUCCCCAUCCUUGAAAAGAAACGCCCUCUAUAUCAAAUCGUCCAAAAUCAGCCGUCUCCCGGCAUACCUCACGGUUCAGAUGGUCCGGUUCUUUUACAAAGAAAAAGAGUCUGUGAAUGCCAAAGUCCUUAAGGAUGUCAAAUUUCCUCUUAUGCUGGACGUCUAUGAGCUGUGCACUGCUGAACUGCAGGAGAAGAUGGUUUCUGUGAGGUCAAAGUUCAAGGUGGUUGAAGACAAGAAACUGGAGAUGCAGCAGCAGCCAAAAGAGAAUCUGAAGGUUGGGGCUCCAAAGGAAACAAAAUACGAACCUUUCUGUUUUUCUGAAGACUUGGGCUCCAGCAACAGUGGUUACUACGACCUGCAAGCGGUUCUGACGCAUCAGGGGCGAUCCAGUUCAUCUGGCCACUAUGUCUCCUGGGUUAAAAGGAAAGAAGAUGAAUGGGUGAAGUUUGAUGACGAUAAGGUCAGUGUUGUGACCCCUGAGGACAUCUUGAAGCUGUCCGGUGGUGGUGAUUGGCAUAUAGCAUACGUCCUUCUGUAUGGCCCUCGACGUCUGGAGAUACUGGAGUAACAAUGGUUCACAGAGGAGACUUAAAGCAUAAUUGCCAUUUCAGAGCACCGUCUGUAUAGAUGUGCAAAUAAAUUUGUGUCUUUAAAAACAUGACCUUAAUAUUUCCUGAACUCUUCAUGCAUCAACACAAGUGGCAUUUUUAAGGGUGCUUUUUUUGGAUGAUAGAUUGCUUGACGCGAUCCUUGUUUGGAUUUGGAGCAGUGGUUUUAUAAAUGUUUUCUAUAUGCAUUGAAUUAUUUUUUUUAAGCCUUGUGAAAAGGUGUUCAUGCUUAAUAGACAGUAUCCCACCGGAGGAGAAGUAGUGACUUGGUAUAUAAAGAUGUUCUUGGCCACAAGUUUCAGACUUCCAAAUGCAUCAAGAGGUAUGAUACUGGGAUCUCAUAAGAAACGCAAAUCGUUUACUAUGUUGUGUGCGCGUGUGAAUUUCAUAUCAAAGCACUUUGAGAGGAUGUCUUUAUGCUCAAUUACUGCUUCUGUCACUGUAAACUCAUCUGUCUUUAAAUACUCAAAUCAGAGUAAGAAAACUUGAGCUCUGUAAUAUGUUAUUGACUACUGGCUCUUCAUAAACGGUGAAAUAAACAUGCCAUUGACA